UAGACGUCCCGAGCACGAGCGAAGUUCACUUGUCAACAAACCUGCAGCGGAUCAGCGGAGCUUCUGUAUCCCACGAUGGAGUCUAUGGAGUCACUGGAUCCCGGAGACGUCCCGCCUCCGGAGAAGAGACGCAGCCGGAGAACAUGCGCGUUUCUCGGCGUCGCCUGCGUCCUGCUGCUGUGCGUCACCGUGGCGGUGGUGAUGGUGACGGUCCGUCACAAACCAGACCGACUCAAAGGAACUUUCAUCAGCAGGUGUGAGCUGUUCCAAGGGUACGACUGCGAAAUGUUAUGGUCUGCAUUCAAACAAGCCUACGUAGGCAAGGACCCUUGUAAGGUUCCCUGGGAAGCCUACGACCCUCUCAUCGCUGCAGCCCCCUUCAAACCGUCAUGCAACAGAAUGAUGUUCUGGAGCAAAACAAAAGACGUGGUCCAGGAUUUCACUGAGAAGCGCGGAUGUUUCCUCACCCUGGAGGAGACGGUGCUGGGAUCUGUCCUGGACGGUCUGUCGUGGUGCGGGAAAGAGGGCAGCAGUGAAACGUUCACGAGCGGCUGCCCCGGUUGGGGGGAUUGCGAGAACAACCCCGUUGGCUCGUUCUGGAGAAGAGUCUCGGCUGCUUUCGCAGAUGUUGCCUGUGGUGACGUCACAGCGAUGCUAAACGGAUCCAUCGAGACGCCGUUCAGCCCCACGAGUAUCUUUGGCGGCAUCGAACUCAAGAUGUUUAACUCCAGCAGAGUGAAAAGCCUGAGCAUCGUUCUGGUCUCACAGGAGAACGCUGUGUCAAACUGUACAAAUGCAUCUUUUAAGGAUUUACAGAUAGAGCUGGACGAGGGAAUUAAAUACAACUGUACAGAAGUGACUGAAUCUCAGCUCAAUGAGUGCAGCUCUGAUCCAGAGAAACCGUGCGGCCCCUGCUGGUGAAGAUGUCCAAUGACAAGAGAAAAACAUAAACCUGCUGUAAAUCUGCUUGUUUUUCGUGAAUCAAAAUGUGCCUUAUAAAUGUAUUUAGUAGAUUUUGGGCCAGUUUGACAUAACGUGAAAUGAUGUGUUUAACAUAAGAUGCCGUCGAUAGAUUUUUAAACUAUGACAAAACAACCUUUUUUGUAUUUUGAAAUGAAAAGAUUCAGGGUGUGAUGAGGAGUUUUGUAGCGAGUUUAGACUACUUGUCAUCGAGGGGUAAAGUACCACUGCUAAAUGGUAAAUGACUGUUUUUAUAAAGCGGUUUCCUUGUUAUCGAUAACCACAAGCGGCUCCGUCCUCAUUAUCCUUAACUGACAAUCUCAGGUGCUAUCGUCAUUUCCUGUAACUUUUUUUUAUAGUAAAACCCAUCAGAGGGAUGAUGCACAGCCUGCGCUCGCACUCUAUUUACCCCGAUCAGACAACAGCUAACGUUUUUUAUUAUUGUGACGAUGCCAUUUCACAAUGAUGUCAUCAUGGCGUUGCAAUGAAAAACGAUUGGUUAAUGUAGAUAAAACUAUAGAUUGUAUCUCUAAUCUUAUUGGUUGCAAAACUUACCGCAGUAAUUCACUAUAUGAUGUAAUUUUCUGACUUUAUAGAGACCAAGUGACAGUAAAUUAUGUUUUUUAUCUAUGCAUGACAUCCUUUUCUGACAUCACUGAUCAUAUGAUAGGGAAUCUAUCUUUUAUUUGUACCACUAUCUUGGAAAAAGGACCUUUAACAUUUGACCUUUAUCCAAUCAGCCAAGAUGUGUAAUAAUCUGGAGUUAUUUAUAAUAUUAUAUUCACUCCAAGUCUGGUGAUAAAGUGUUCAUACGUUUCCGAGUUAUUUUGUACAAACACACACACACACACACACACGAGGGGAAGUUGUGGUCAUGAUUGUCUGUGAUAAGUUUUGUGGCAUUGUGGUACAAACUAAAUACACUUUUUUCUGUGUUUUCUGACUUUGGUCUGAGAGAGAACGAGAGUCUCUCACCUGACAAGCCGUCAGUUAUUCUACCUCUCACUGCCAUGACUUUGUGUGUUCAUGUUUUUUAGUAAAUGACCUUGUCAAUGACAUGAAUGUCAGCGUGGAUGAUUUGAAAAUAAAGAGCACUAUAGAAACGUGUCCGAGCAGUUCUGAUUGGUCGUUCAAACUGAACAAGAACUUAACAAUAGUGGCAGCAGAAAAGAAAACUGCCAUAUUUACAUGUUCUGUACAUUUAGCGGAUCUCCAUCCGGCCGACAGGAUGUGGAGUCUGCCAUGUUGAAAGUGUCCCGAGUCAGAUUUCACUAACGUCAAUAACGAAUCUUAAAACUGUCUUUAUUUCUGUUCAGUUCUUUCUGGUUCAUCGCUGAGCUGCUGUCAUAUUGUUUCCAGAUGAAAGUCUUUGUCUGGUCCAGCUCCACCUCUCACGUCUACAUCAGUCAUCUGAUUCACCAUGUGACUUUAGUUUUUGUGUGUUUUUAAUAAAACGCUUCUGGUUCUGA